AUGGUGAACCAGGAGAGGACCAAGGCAUUUGGGAAGUUGGUCGAGGCCGCGCCAGCGCAGAUCCCGAAACUACCUUGGGGGAAGGACUUCGAGAAGGACAAGUUCCUUGCUCCCGACUUCACAAGCUUAGAGAUUUUGUCUUUUGCGGGUAGCGGAAUCCCAGCCGGCAUCAACAUCCCCAACUACGACGACAUCCGCCAGAACGAAGGCUUCAAGAACGUCUCCCUCGGCAACGUCCUCAGUGCCGCCGCGCCCAAAGAACGCAUCCCGUUCAUCCGCUCCGAGGACCAAGAAGUCUUCGAGAAGUACAAAGACGAAGCAUUCGAGGUCCAGGUCGGUCUUCACGAACUCCUAGGUCAUGGCUGUGGCAAACUGCUCCAAGAGACCGAACCGGGUAAAUUCAACUUUGACCAUAAGAAUCCACCUACUAGCCCCAUCACGGGAACGCCCGUCGAGACUUACUAUAAACCUGGUGAGACAUGGGGAUCGGUAUUCGGCGGCAUGGGUCCUUCGUACGAGGAGUGCCGAGCUGAGUGCGUAGCCAUGAGUCUGUGUCCCGACUAUGGGAUCCUCAAGAUCUUCGGCUUUGGGAACGGGCAAGAGGAUAUCGAGGGUGAGGCGGGGAGUGUGCUCUAUGCGUGCUAUCUCCAGAUGGCACGAGCAGGUGUCACAGCGCUGCAGUUCUGGGACCCUAAUAGUCGCAAAUGGGGCCAACCCCACAUGCAAGCCCGCUUCGCCAUCCUCAAAGUCUUCCUCGAAGCCGGCGCAGACUUCUGCACCCUCCACCACACCCAACCCGACCUCUCGGACCUCGAAAUCCACCUCGACAAAACCAAAAUCCAAUCCCAUGGCCGACCGGCCGUCAACUCCUUCCUCCAAAAGCUACAAAUCUACAAAGCCACCGCCGACUUAGCAGCGGGCAAGAAGUUGUACGAGGAUUAUACUAAUGUCGGGGAAUGGUAUGCCGGGAAGUUACGGCCGCAGGUCUUGGCGCAGGCGAAGCCGAGGAAGGUUUUUGUACAGGCCAAUACUUUCCUCGAGGGGGGAAAGGUGGUGUUGAGGGAGUAUGAGGCGAGUCCUGAGGGUAUGAUACGGAGUUUUGUGGAGAGGGAGUAUAUUUGA